AUGAUACCUUUUAAUACACCCCGUCAAUUUUCGUAUGAUUCGUAUCAAACAGGUUACGCUCAAUACUUUCCCACAAAUAAUCCCCCGAAUAAUGAAAAUGGGGGCAAUACUGGUAAUAAUGUAUAUGAUAGGACUAAUACCAUAAAUGCCAAUGCCAAUAUGAACACUGAAUCCAAGUUAAAUUAUGGAUCUAAUAAUGAGUUUGACAUGAAUUUUGCGCCUAUAGCCUAUACUCCUGAAAAAAAUGGAUUUGGUCCGCCAGCAAUUGGCAAACACAAGAAGAGUAAAUCAUUCCCGAAAACACAAUUUCCCUUGAUCAAUAAAUUCCAGAAUAGUGUGAAUGAGACAUCCACGAAGACACAUAGUAAUUCAGGAGUUCAUUUGUGCAAUAAAGUCAACUUUCCUGUGCAUCAGCUAAGUUUGGAUAUUCCACAGGGCAAUAUCUCUAGCUUGCAAUCCAUUUAUCCUCAGAUAGAGACAAAGAAAUAUUCUACAUCUGCAAUUGAUCCACUAAGGAAUUAUGUCACCGUAUUCGAGUAUAAUAUUAAUAAUCAUUGGAUCAUUUGGGAUUAUGAGACGGGAUUUGUUCACUUGACAGGAAUUUGGAAAGCGUCAAUAAACGAUGAAGUUAAUACCCAUAGGAAUUUGAAGGCAGAUAUAGUUAAGCUACUUGAGUCCACUCCCAAACAAUACCAUCAGCAUAUCAAACGCAUUAGAGGAGGAUUUUUGAAGAUCCAAGGAACUUGGUUACCAUUUGAUUUAUGCAAAAUGUUGGCUAAGCGAUUUUGUUACCAUAUAAGAUUUCAAUUGAUACCAAUUUUUGGAAACGCUUUUCCGCUGGAAUGUUUGAAACCUGAUGAUAAGGGUUUUGGGGAAUUAAAAUUGGAUGAAGAUGUGAAUGAUACCGCCGCGGAGAAUGGAUCUAGACAGGGCAAGAAGACUCAUAAAAUUGACAAGCGUCGAUCAACUUCUUUAUUGGAAUCACCUAUUAUUAAAAGAUCAUCAUCAACAUCACAUUUGACAAUGCCACUGGCGAAUCAGAUUCCAACCCCAAAUUCUAUGCCUGUUAACAAUAUUCCUCAACGCCUACCUCAAUUUACCUUUCCUCAGACGACAGGAGUUUCCAACCAACAAUUUCAAUACCAGGAGAAUACCCCUCAAUAUGCGUUAUCUUCUUCAACUCACAAUUCUUACCACACACCUAACGCAUCAAGCUUUUCUCUUCCCCAGAACCAAUCAGCCCCAUUAAUAUCAACACGAAGCUUAUCGUUACAGAUUCCCUAUCAAAAUAGUAUGUACGUCCUGCCUAAUGCUCAGACGUCUUCACUGUAUCAUAGCCCACGUCAUUUCUCACACACAGCAGAUCAUACUUUCCAUACACCUUACCAUACACCUCAACAUUCGUUUCAUACACCUAGUCAUACCAACCUGGUUUCCAAACAUCUGGUACAGCACACACCAUCUUCUGAUAUGCCUUAUCAUGAAAUGGUUGAUUUAGUCAAUGCAUCAAAGUGUCUUCAAUCAUUAAGUCAGACCCAAAUCUCACCUAUUUCGCACGAACCAGAAUCAAAUAGAGACUACGUCGCUUCCAUUCCGAAAAGUCCUACCGGCAAUAAUACUUCUGGAAAUGGAAUUUCUUCUAUCCUUCUUGCAGCUGGUGUCAGCGAGGAACACUACCAAAAGUCCAAUCGUUCAAGAAGGAUUAGUAUGAAAAUAAACGACAUUUUAUCUUGA